GACCGCCAGAGCACGAGCGCGAUGGAGGUGUGCAAAUCUACAGAUAUUUCUUUGAGAGAAUUUGGCUGCGAACAAAACCUUCUGUCACGGCCAGACGGCUCGGCUUCAUUCAUUCAAGGGGACACAAGUGUGCUUGCUGGAAUGUAUGGUCCGGCAGAGGUCAAAGUCAGUAAGGAAAUCUAUGACCGUGCAACACUGGAAGUUCUCAUUCAACCCAAAGUCGGCCUGCCAAGUGUGCGAGAGCGAUCACAAGAACAGUGUGUGCGAGAAACAUGUGAAGCAUCUUUGCUGUCUUUCCUUCAUCCUCGGUCAUCACUGACUCUUAUUCUUCAGGUGGUACAUAACGAUGGUUCACUCCUUUCUUGCUUGCUGAAUGCUGCCUGCAUGGCGCUCAUGGAUGCGGGUCUGCCUAUGAGCUGUCUCUUUUGUGGAGUGACUUGUGCCAUAAACUCAGAUGGUCAAAUAAUUACAGAUCCCACUGUUGCUCAAGAAAAGGAAUCUAGAGCAAUACUAACCUUCGCCAUUGAUAGCACGGACCAUAAAGUACUGAUGUCUUCAACUCAAGGAUCAUUUUCAGUCUAUGAGCUACAACAGUGUAUAGCGGUCUGCCAAAAAGCUUCAGAGAAGAUCUUUCUAUUCUACAGAGACUCUGUUCAACGCAGAUACUCUAAAACCUUAUGAAAAGAAUCAGCCUUUUGGAUAAAAUUCUUUUUUACACAUUUGCGCCCAUGUUGUAAUAAAAUAUUCAUAACCCCUUUGCUACCU